CGUCACAUAGAGAGAUACAACCAUCAAUAGCUGCUACACCACUUAUCACACAUUAACAUAACUAGCUACUAAAAGCUAACUUGGCUAGCUGCUUGUGUUGCCUUUGAUUAAUUACAUAUUCGAUAUAGUACGCUUGACGAAAACAAAAGCGGGACUCGAAAGACAACACAUAAAGGCACGCGCCUUACGGUCUCACUCUCACAGCUUCACGGCUACUCCUUGCAUUCAGCUGGCAGGCUAUUUUAGCUAGCUAGCGGAACCAACGAUAGCGAGCUCUGUUCAGGCUAGCGUCAGGCUAGCCAGCUAGCUAGCUAGCUACUAACGUCGGCAACGGUGGUUAGCAAACUGGCUAGUAACUUGCGUCAUGGAUGAACUAGUCGUGGAAGUGCGAGGGGCAAGUGGUGCCUUUUAUAAGGCCUUUGUGAAGGAUGUUCAUGAAGGAUCAGUUACUGUGGCGUUUGAAAACAACUGGCAGCCAGAGCGCCAGAUCCCAUUUCAGGAUGUGCGAUAUCCUCCUCCAACAGGGUUCUGCAAAGAGAUCAAUGAGAGUGAUGAGGUUGAGGUUUAUUCCAGGGCUAAUGACAAGGAGCAGUGUGGAUGGUGGCUGGCAAAGGUUCGCAUGGUCAAAGGAGAGUUCUAUGUAAUAGAGUACGCUGCAUGUGACGCUACAUUAAAUGAGAUAGUCACACUGGAGAGGUUACGACCAGUCAACCCGAAUAAACCAGCCACGAAAAAUUCCUUCCUCAAGAUCAGACUGGACGUACCUGAGGAUCUACGGCAGAUGUGCUCAAAGGAAUCAGCACACAAAGACUUCAAGAAGGCUGUGGGAGCAUUCAGUAUCACGUAUGACUCAGAGAAAAAGCAGCUGGUCAUCUUGUCUGUGAAUGAGGUCACAAUGAAGCGGGCCAGCAUGAUCAGCGACAUGCACUUCAGGAGCCUCCGCACCAAACUCUCUCUCAUGCAGAGGAAUGAAGAGGCCAGCCGACAACUGGAGAGUUCCAGACAGCUUGCAUCUCGGUUUCAUGAGCAGUUUACUGUUCGAGAUGAUUUAAUGGGUCUGGCCAUUGGAACUCAUGGUGCCAACAUCCAGCAAGCUCGAAAAGUCCCUGGAGUCACUAACAUAGACUUGGACGAAGAGACUUGUACCUUCCACAUAUAUGGAGAGGACCAGGAGGCUGUCCGUCUUGCAAGGUGUUUCCUGGAGUUCUCUGAAGAUGUCAUCAAAGUUCCCCAGAAUUUAGUAGGGAAGGUGAUUGGCAAGAACGGUAAACUGAUCCAGGAAGUGGUUGAUAAGUCUGGUGUGGUACGAGUUCGUAUUGAGCCUGAAAAUGACAAAAAGACAUCUGUGGUUGUGGCGGCAGCAGCAGCAGCAGCAGCAGCAGCAGCAACAACAUCAACAUCAGCAGCAACAGAUGAGGUAAUGGUGCCAUUUGUAUUUGUGGGGACCAAGGAAAGCAUCUCCAAUGCUACAGUGCUGUUGGAUUACCAUCUCAACUACCUUAAGGAAGUGGAUCAGCUUCGUCUGGAGCGCCUUCAGAUCGAUGAGCAGCUGCGACAGAUAGGCGGGGGAGGUGGAGGAGGAGGAACAGGACUCCGAAACCCUAAAGACAAAACCUAUGUGUUCGAUAAUGGGAUGGGGAGAGGAGCAGGUGGAGGAGGAGGGAAGCCCUACAUCGGCGGUGGAGGACGAGGUGGACGAGGGAGAAGAGGAGGCGGAGCAGCUUUUGCCUCAGGCACCAACUCGGAGGCAUCCAACGCCUCAGAGACGGAGUCCGACCACAGAGAGGAGCUCAGUGACUGGUCGCUGGCUCCCACUGAGGAGCUCAUGACAGGAGGCGCAUCCAUGCCCAGACGAACAGACGGAAGGAGGAGAGGAGGAGGCGGCGGAGGACCAAGAGGACGAGGGGCAAGAGGAAGAGGAGGGCACAGAGGUGACGACAUGCAGUGGGGUGAUCCAAGACCUCGUCAUAUCAGAGACCCCAAGCCUAGAGUACAGGAAGACAGCCUACAGAACCGUUUAGAUGGUAACAAUGAGAGGAGCAUGCCGCACUCGUCAGGGGGUCGAGGAGGAGGAGCUUCCUCCUCUCAGACUGGCCUCAGUGCUGCUGGCGAUGGCCCGUCCCGUCAUCAUCACCAGAGACCCAUCAGAGACCGGGGGAUGAAGAAGGACAAACAGGACGCUCCUCCACUGGUGAACGGAGUGUCGUAGAUACACCGCUGGAGGACAUUUUCAUUCACAUAUACACACAUUCAGAAAGGCCCAGUCCCAAUGUCCACCCUCACAGACUCACAGACUUUAAAGCAUGUCCACGGUCAGUCCGUGAGCGCUUAGGACUGUCCACUGUGAGCUAGUCAUGUGGUCAUUUUAAACACUUGACGGCCACUUUUCCGUAAGUCUUUAUUUCUACAGAUUCUGCCAAAGGGAAUUACCCACAGUUCAUAGUAAGUGGGUCACAAAUCAAUCACCACCCAACUGAAAAAAAGCUUGGGGCUGCAUCUUUAAAUCUAUAAAUCGAUUCAUAAAUUAAUAGCCAACUUUUUUGACAAUUGAUUUAUCAGUUUGAGGGUUUUUUUGUCUAUAAAUAAUAAGAGAUUCAGUGACUUAAAUGUGAAUAUUUUCUAUUAUUUUGCUCCAUGAUAUGAGACCAGUCAGGCAGGAAAGUAAUGAACAGAUUAGUUGAUAGUGAAAAUACCUUUUAGUUGCAGUUUGCUGUUUAUAAAUAAAACAUUGAUUUUAAUUUUUGCACAAUUUAACUCAAGUGUAAAUCCUUGAAUUAAAAUGAAACCACACAAUUUCACAUCGUUAAGGAAAAGUAAUAUGAAGCAUAAAAUGUUGUGUCCUAUUCAAAUUGAAGUCAUUACAUCAGGUGAUCUCAACAGAGUCUAUGAGGGUUUAAGGGUUUAUGGGGAACAUUGGGAUUUGGCCAAACACACAGGCAAGUGGUCAUAAAUCAUUGUAGAAUCUCCGUUUCUUUCGCUUUUUCUUUCUGUGUCUUUGUUAAACCCAUGAAUACACGUUUCAUCAGCAUGAUAGUUUACUGUAAUGAUGUCGCGGACCACCGGUCGUCUGGCAUCUGCUGAUCUGGUCUUGAAGUGAACUGGUCUGGGCUCUUUUUUUCCCCCUAGUAUUUUACGUUGUUCUGAAGUGACGAAUAAAAGUCAGUACUUUUUUUGGGACAAAAAGAAAAGAAGAGGAGGAAUUUCUUAUUAAGGCGUCAUUUCAAAACAUGCUCCGCCCCCCAUCAACCUCAAAUAUGUUUGUUUGUUUUUGUCAAUUCCCAAAAUUAGAUACUUUAAAAAAGGAAAAUAAACAAGGAAGAACAGUCACUUCUUGGCAGGAUGAAACGUGUUUGUUAUUUUAAUAUUCUAGAUUAAUUUUAAUUAAAGUGGGGGCUUGCACAGCUCAGCAACACAGUUUAUGAAGGUGACCACACUGUUUACAGAUCACUUUUAUUUUUCUUCAAAUGGGGAACAGGCAUAGCUGGACACUUAGGAUUCACUCAGCGCGUGAGUGAGUGAUUUACCAGUCUCGUCCUGUCUCUCGUGUUUUGUUUCCUGUUGCCCACUUAAUGUAAAACUCUCAUUGUCGUUCUCUUUGACUGUCAGACCGAGCAUGGAUUUAAAAAAAAGUCCACAGCAGGACAUAGUGAUGGAGAAACAUAAAUCUGAGGCACUUUGACAUUGAUGUACGGUUAAAGACACAGAAGACAAGAGUCUCCAGCUGGUUGCAAAUGUGAUGAACUGCUCCCCUAUUUAAAAUGAAUAAUUCAUUCAUCCCUUGAGCUGGCUGUCACGUCGUUAGGCCCACACUUAGCUGCUGUAUUGACGGCAAAUAACAAAAUGCAGCAAUAAUAAAUCUAACCGUAUCAACAUUGGCACGAAGGCUGAGGCAGAGAAAGGCAGAUUGAUCCGGAGUUGUUUCCGUUUACAGUUAACUAAGCUGUAUGUUAAAUUAGCGCCGCAACAAUAUCAAAGUAGAUCUCCUGCAUUUCCUUAAUUUAUGAAAAACUUUGUAUUUAACUUUAUUUUUUUCUGUUUUUGCUCUUAGUGUUUCGAGUAUCAGUGUAGAGGAAACACAUUAAUGUAAUUCCUUGAUACAAUAAAAACUUGUUAUAAGUUUUA